AUGGUGUGGGUGCCCCUGGGGAGCACCAGGACUGACCGCCGGGCGCCGCUGCGCACCCCCCCCGCCCGCUGCACCACCACCAUGUCUUUGGAGUGGCUGAUGGACUGGAGCUGGUCCCUGGAUGGACUCCGGGAUUUCAUCGCCACGGGCAUCCAGUCUUUCCGGGACUGCAACACCAGCGCCCUCGCCGCCGUCGCCUGCCUCCUGGUCCUCUUCGUCUGGUACUGCUACCACGUGGGGCGGGAGCAGCCCCGCGCCUACGCCACCGUCAACGCCCUGAUGCAGAGCGCCGAGGCCAACGGCGUGCAGAACGGGUACAUCUACUGCCACUCGCCCGAGUGCGUGCGCUGCACCCACCACGACGGGCUCAACCAGAAACUCUACCAUAACCUGCAGGAGUACGCCAAGCGGUACUCCUGGUCUGGCAUGGGCAGGAUCCACAAGGGCAUCCGUGAGCAGGGCCGGUACCUCAACAGCCGGCCAUCCAUCCAGAAGCCAGAAGUCUUCUUCUUGCCUGACUUGCCAACCAUGCCCUAUUUCUCCCGGGACGCUCAAAAGCACGACGUGGAGUUGCUGGAGCGCAACUUUCAGACCAUCCUGUGCGAGUUUGAGACCCUCUACAAAGCUUUCUCAAACUGCAGCCUCCCACAAGGAUGGAAAAUGAACAGCACGCCCACCGGGGAGUGGUUCACCUUCUACCUGGUGAACCAGGGCAUGUGCGUGCCCAGGAACUGCAGGAGAUGCCCACGGACGUACCGCUUGCUCGGGAGCCUUCGCACCUGCAUUGGCAACAAUGUCUUUGGGAACGCGUGCAUCUCCAUGCUGAGCCCCGGCACCGUCAUCGCUGAGCACUACGGACCCACCAACAUCCGUAUCCGCUGCCAUCUAGGUCUGAAGACGCCCAGCAGCUGUGAGCUGGUGGUGGGGGGUGAGCCACAGUGCUGGGCUGAGGGUCGCUGCCUGCUCUUUGACGACUCCUUCCUGCACACGGCGUUCCACGAAGGUCCCCCGGAGGAGGGUCCCCGCGUGGUCUUCAUGGUGGACCUGUGGCACCCCAACGUGGCCGCGGCCGAGCGCCAAGCCCUCGACUUCAUCUUCGCCCCGGGCCGGUGA